CGCUUUGAAAACUAUCGAUAGUAGCAGACCGAUCAAAUCUUUGAAAUCUGAAAUCAGCUGGUAUUUUCAUGUUGCAGUUUAUAGGUUAAAAAUAACAUUUCAGUUCGAUUUUAUUUUUAUAAGUUGAUUUAUUGAAUAUCUAAAACUGUAAAAUAAUAUAAUUUUUAAGGCUUAUUCGUGAUAGAAAAUGUCGAACAAACAUUUAUAUCUGUUUUCUGGUUUCCCAAGAGCUCCCUUACAGAAUGGCAUCGGCAGAUAUGUGCCGCAGUUGAAAAGAAUGACUAUUAAGUUUUGUAAAAGUUCAGGGGAUAGUAAAGGUGCAAGAGAAUUUAUUGAAUCGAUGCUUGUGGAUUUUGCAAAAGAAAACCCUGGCACAGCGGUUUAUGUCAAGCCUCGACGACAUAGAAGUCCAUGUGUUCAUGCAGAAUAUUUAAAUGGGGAAACUCAUGUCAUCAGUCUACAUAAUAUGUCACUGGAAGAGACGUCCAAGUGGAUCCACCUUCUUCCAAUGAGAUCGGGGACUGCGACCAAUAUGAGGCUGAGGAAGUUCUGGCACACGGACAGCCCAAGCAUUCAGGGCGUUUGGAGUCCGUUCACCAAUAGAGACCCAGCAAUCAACCUUGCACAGUUCCCGAUGGAGGAGCUGUCCAAGAAGAAGAAUCUUACCAAAACUGCCACGGAAAUCAUUUUAGAAAGGUGGGAGGAACAGAAGCAAAAAGAAUCGACUGCACCAACUGGAAUACAAGAGAAAACUUCCUCGUAGAACAAGUUAUUAAAAUAGCAUAGAAAAGUUGUUUUAGGUUGAUAAAUAGAUUUCUCAAGCUUUUCCAAUAUUUGAGAAUCCUUAUUUGUAUGUUUGUGCUACUCUAUUUCAUAAAGCAUUUGUUUAUCAGAAACUCAA